AUGCAGCACGCCGCGGCGGUCUCCAACAACCUUCACCCUGCCGUCGCCACCACGUCGUCCCCUGCCCCUCGUCGUGCGAGCUGGCCCAAUGCUCGGACCUCGUCGUCGGUGAGGGUCCGGUCCUCCUCCUCCAUGAGGAACGGCGGCGGCAAUGGCUCUGCCUCCACCGAUAGCCUGGACCACCUGCAGAGGGCGUCAAUGGCCAGGCAGCGGCAGCAGCUGGGGAGCGCUCCAGGCCCGAGGCCUAGAAGGGUCAUCCACACCACACCGUUCGGGCUGUGGGACAGCUUCCCGGAAGCGAGGACGCUGGACCAGAUGGUGCGGACCAUGGAGCGCCUCAUGGACGGCGACGGCGACGACGGCCGUUUCGGCAUCGUCGUGCCGGCAGCAGAGGCGGCGGCGGCGGCGGCUCCCACCGCCGUGCCGCGCGCCAACAGCGGGCGGACGCCGUGGGAGGUCAGGGAGCGCGCGGGGGAGUACCUGGUCCGGUUCGACAUGCCGGGGAUGGCGCGGGACGACGUGCGGGUCAGCGUGCAGGACCGGACGCUCGUCGUGGUCGCCGAGAAGAAGCAGCAGCCUGCUGCUGGCAGUGGGGAGAAGCAGGGAGCGGCAGCAGGCGGAUACGAGGAGGAGGAGGCGUGGCCGGCGGCGAGCUUCGGACGGUACAGGACGCGGGUGGAGCUGCCGGAGAACGUGGACGUGGAGAGGAUCGCCGCGGAGGUGAGGGACGGCGUGCUGUACCUCAUCAUCCCCAAGCUGUCGGCGGGAGGCAAGGUCGUCAACAUCCAGGUGCACUGA